GGUCUUCCUGCGUCCUGCCCCACCCCCCGUCCUCGACCAAACAAAACAACAUCUCUUAGCCACUCUUCUUGCCUGUUGCCACAGCAGUGCUUGUUUGCGUUUGUUGUGUGUUGGGAGUGUGUGGACCCCUUCUUGAUGUCUCUCUUUUCGGACCGGCAGCCCUUUGCAAACAACGCCGCCGCGUCCCUGUCGAGCUUCUCAUCGGGGCAGACCCCAUCUGCGUACAGCCACCACGACGGCGAAAACGAUCACGACAUGUCGCGCGUCGAACCAAUGAUGAUGAUGGAGGGUGAGCCUGUCUCAUCCUCCAAGGGGCGCGGCCAGCGCGGCGGGUUCACGGAUCGCUUCAGCCUCGGCCUUUUCCUUGCCGAGGCCGCAAUCAUCGUUCUCUACGGUGUCUUUGUGGAGUAUGGCGACACCGCGGAUCCCCGCCAGCCAGACAGCACCGCCGUCACAGACUACUACGGCAUGUUCCGGGAUGUGCACGUGAUGGUGUUUAUUGGUUUCGGCUUCCUCAUGUCGUUCCUCAACCAGUACACGCUCAGCUCUGUCGGCCUGACCUUCCUCGUCGGCGCGUUUGCGCUGCAAGUGUCCAUGCUCGUGGUUCCCUUCUGGCACCGCGUGUUUGCGGGUGGGUGGGUGAAGAUCCCACUGACGCUUGAGACGCUGGUGACGGGCGACUUUGGCGCGGCAACGGUGCUCAUCAGCAUGGGUGCUGUGCUUGGCCGCACCUCUCCGCUGCAGCUGCUGGUCAUGGUGGUGAUUGAGCUGUUUGCGUACGGCUUCAACGAGGCGCUGCUCGUGAACGAGAUCAAGGUUGCAGACGUCGGUGGCUCGAUGAUCAUCCACGCGUUUGGCGCGUACUUUGGCGUGGCCUGCGCGUGGGUGCUUGGCCCACGCAACGCCGACCAGACCAACAACGCCUCUUCCCGCUACUCGGACACCUUUGCCAUGAUCGGCACUGUGUUCCUGUGGAUGUACUGGCCAAGCUUCAACGGCGUGCUCGCUGGUGACACGGGCAACAGCCGCCACCGCACCAUUCUCAACACGCUCCUCUCCCUCUCCGCCAGCUGCAUCGUCACGUUUGUCGUGUCCCGCAUGUUGCGCGGCGGCAAGUUCAGCAUGGUUGAUAUUCAGAACGCCACGUUGGCUGGCGGUGUUGCCAUUGGCGCAUCUGCGAACCUGUUCACCACCCCCUGGGGCGCCAUGACCGUGGGCAGCAUCGCAGGCAUCAUCAGCACCGUCGGCUUUGCGCGCCUGCAGGACCUGCUGCAGAGGAAGUUUGGCCUGUACGACACGUGCGGUGUGCACAACUUGCAUGGCAUGCCCGGCAUCCUUGGCGGUCUCGCCGGCGCCCUCUUUGCCGGCAUCUCAACUGUCGACGACUAUUCCGCGACGACGCUGACCCAUGUGAUUCCCUCACGCGCGGACCGCACGGCGGGCCAGCAGGCCGGAUACCAGCUCCUCGGCCUCGCCGUCUCCAUCGGCAUGUCGCUUGUGUCUGGAGCGCUGACCGGGGUUGUGUUGCGCAUGCCUGGCCUGCAGCAGCCAUCCUCCCUCUACGACGACGAAGAGGACUGGGCAAAGGAAGAGGAGUAAAUCACGCCCCGCACGUGCUCGCACACGCAUACGCACACGCACACGCACGCGCGACAACCAAGCUUCUUCAUUGCUGAUGACCUUGGAGCUCACGCACAAAUACACACACCCCCCUGUCUCUCCACGCGUGUUUUUGCGUUGUUUGCACUGUUUGUCCUGCGUUUCCUGUAUGCCUGGGUGUUGUUGUUUUGCUAUUCCCUCG